AUGCUCUCGGGGCGCUCCGCUGUCAUCUUCAGAACGACAGUGACAAAACUUUUCAACAACAACAAGAACACCGGGAACGUUUCAAUCCACAGCCGCCGAUUUCUAACAACCAACAACGACAUGACAUCAAUAACAUCGAGCUUUCGAACAACGAGAACAACGACUACUGCUACUCAUAAAAAGAACAACAACAGCAGCGUCAUCGUCAGACAAUGCAUCAGAUCGCAUCGACAAAAAACCGCAUUCGUCGUUGGUACUAAAAGCAGACGACGAGGAUUCGUCACCUCCACUCACUUUGCACUGAAAGCCACAGAAGACGACGACGACGAGGACGACGAGGUGGAGAUGGAUGCCGACGACGACAUUUUCGACGACCACGAAGAACAAGGAGAUGAGGAGAACAGUAUAAUCGCCGCAUCAGAUACUUUAGUUUCGAACGAGAUUUGGGGCGCCGAUUGGCCGGAAUACGUUCAAUUUCUAGCCAUGUUGCAAUCGCAAGGUUACGCGCAACCGUCGCCGGAGUAUCAGAGAGGGUCGUCUUCGUCGUCAAAAGUAGACGAAGAUUCGAACGUUCCUGCGUGGGCGCGAGGUGGUGUGGACUAUAAGGAAGAAGUGCGAGAUGGAUCCACAUCUUCUGAAGAAGAAGAUGAUGAUGGCGAAGGCGAUUUUAAAUCGGCGUUCGAGGACGAGUUCGAGGAUCUUACGAUUACGGAUUUAGGCGAUAGGAAAAGAAUGAUCAUAGCGUUUUGUCGCGACCGCCGCGAUAUUUUCGACAGCGCCGUCACGGAAGCGCAGCUGUAUCAGCUCCUCGAUUGGCCCAUUCCAAAGCUUUUGGCUUCGAGGAAACUCGUAUCUGCGAUGUCGAGACUACGCAGCGCGUUCCAAGUGGAUUGUUCGCACUGGCGAGGGAAGUGCGCGAGUUUAAACGGCUCAACUAAAAUCCAAGCCGUGAACCCGACGUUGCAUUUCACGGAUUUGAUGCGCAUAAUCAUGAGUUUAUCGUACAUAGAAGACCCAGAUCAAUUUCGCGAUUUACCGCCGAAAAAAGUAGCUUCGAACGUGCUCAGAUCUAUAAUGGAAAAAGCUGUCGUUCCGAAAGAUCCAAACUACAAAGAACCGGAAGUACCGAAAUCUGUCCCGAGAGCACCUUCUUCCGGGGAAUCCACGUUCGCAGUUCGCGAGAAGAUCAAUGCUAUCGAGGAGAGGAAUCGAAAGGCGCACUUGUUGCGAUACGAAGGCGGUGCUGGACGCACGGAUGGUAUUACAACCUGGAACCCAGAAACGAGAGGACGUGCGCUUGGUAAACAACGCAUACUGGAAAAUCGACGCGAUCGAAGAGGAGACUACGACGACAGCAGCAGCAGCAGCCGAGGAGGUUUUGGUGGUAGAGGACGGUUUAAUAAUUAUGAUAACAGGUCCUCAGGGGGAUUCGAACGCAGCGAUGAUCGCGGUGGAAGAAGAGAUUUUGGAGAACGAAGAGAUUUUGGAGAACGAAGAGAUUUUGGAGAACGAAGAGAUUUUGGAGAACGAAGAGAUUUUGGAGAAAGAAGAGAUUUUGGAGGAAGGGGCGGUGGUGGAAGAGGUGCUCCGAGCGGUCCGUGUUUCAACUGCGGAGAAUUUGGACACAUCUCGCGAGACUGCCCGCAGCCGCGACAAAGAGAUUCUGGCGGAGGCAGAGGUAGAAGUAAUUUCGAAAACAGAGGCGGUAGAGGAUUUGGUGGUAGAUCGGGUGGAGGAUACGGCGGUCGAGGAGGUAGGAGUGGCGGCGGACGAGGCGAACGACGGUUUUCAAACGAAGACCGAGCGCCGAGGCGAGAUUUCGAAGACAACGACGAUAGAUGGAUUUAA